AUGACCAUAAACCCCACCUACCUCGCGCAGCGGACGCGCGCCUCCGUCAACUUGACCGAUGCCAAAAUCCGCGUCCUUAAGUCAUACCGAGAGUGGCUCCGAGCGUCCCCCGAGAUUCAGACCAUGUACUCCCUGAACAUGCCCGUGUCCGCCAUCCGCACAAAGAUCCGCCAGGAGUUUGAGAAGCACCGCUAUGUUAGCCAGUUGAGCGUCGUUGACGUUCUGCUCUUCCAGAGCCACGCCGAGUUCCAGGAGACCCUCAACUACUGGAAGCAGUUGUCCCACGUCAUGAAGUACUUCCGGCCCGAGGAAGACCCUGGUGCCCGCCUGCCCCGCAACUUCGUCUCCGGCUUCCUGGAGGGCCGCAACUGA